UGUAUUAUUCUUCACUAAAACAAAAGGACAACCUAGACACGUUCAGGAUGCAGACAUUUACGUGGCCUUAAAAUGUUAUCACAAGCUCUGGUCACUGUAUGUAAUCAUCCACAUAGAUAUAUAGAUAAGCUGUGGAAUCAUGCCGACUGUGAUAGUGAUUGAUGUAUCACUCUCAGUGACAAGGCCAGUCAUUUUACCAGAAACUGGAGAAACAUACAACCGUCAACAACUUGCUGUAUGUGGAAUCAACACCCUACUUGACUUCCUAGCUAUCCAUUCAAAGCUGGAAUUUGUUUCUCUGAUCGCGUUCUCUUCACUUUAUGAAAUAAUUUCCCCUUUCACACGUGAUUUUGAUGCCUUAAAAUUGAAGCUACAGCAACUGGAAGAAUAUGAUAAAACAUGCAUUGAGACAGCACUGCAUGGAGUCAACAGACUAGUCCUUGGAGAAUGGGGCAAUGCCACGCCUUGUCAGGUAAGGAUACCCAAGGAUUAUUCAUAUCAGACAGGACACUAGCUAUCCCGAAUUAGGGUAGUGUCUUCUUGCUGGAGUUCCAGCUGUCCUAACAAAAGUACUUCUUUU